AUGCACUCCCUCUGUGUGCAACAUUCACCUUGGUUGGACUCUUGCGACCUAGACCUUUCAGAAUCUCUUUUGAACAUCUGGCUACGUUUCUUGUGUCCGUCCAACAAUAGCUCUCCAAUGCGGCUUGCUAAUCUCGUGCCGUCUAUCCCUGCACAACUAGUAGCAUCCUUGGAAGCCAUCGGCAUUCGAACGGAAACCGAACUAUUACUUUCGACCUCAACCCUCGAUAUAUUUAGGCGUUUACCAGCAGGAACUACCACGCUUCAGGCACUCAUAGAAGUUGCGUCACUUGUCGCGUCACUCUGCGCUGCUCCUAGUCUCUCUGCAUAUGAGCUGCUCAUCCUCGAAGAGCAUGCACGCAAACAACAAAGACCGCUAUGCAGCGGGAAUGAAGCACUUGACGACCUCCUUCGCGGAUUAUCUGGCGGAAGGGUGAUUGAAAUAUCGGGAGACAAGGGUUCUGGAAAAUCUGUUCUUGCGCUGAAUAUCGUCGUGCAACACUUGGCCACCUACCCUGAUAGCAAUGUCGUCUGGAUCGACACCAUGGGAGACUUCUCAGCCGAGAUUGCCGUCCAGAUCUUGAACAGCAAGCAGGUUUCAUCCAGAGUGCUGGAACGGUUGCAUGUUUCACUAGCGUUUGACACUGAUUCCGCGCAGACGCUGCUGGAUGACUUAGUCCAGGCGACCUCUGUGCGCUCAGUUUUUCUUUCUCUCUCUUACCUACUGCCACUGAAUUCAGAUCUGGGUGGCUUCAGAAUCAUCCACAGUUGCUUGUACUUGACUCUAUAA